CCCCCCCCCCCCCCCAAAAUGAUCGGAAAAUGUUAGUCGAGUGCGGAGUGUCAACUCAUUCGGAGGUUGUCAUCUCGCCUCCUUAAAAUGUAUUUUACCUUUCGGAUGAUUCCGGCUGGAUCGCAUCAGAAAAAGAGAUUUAAACCAGCAUUUGAUUUUGAAUUGGUGUCCCACUUGGCUGGCCAUAACCUCAGCCAGUGAUAAAUGCAAGGAAGCGGUUGGAUCGCCUUAGUUUUGUUCGGACUGUCCAUUGUGCGGUGUCAUGGAGCUGAAACGGCUGGGCGGAUGGCAGAGGCUGUCACUACUCUUGUUGGCCACUACUUUACUAGUUGUGUCUGUUCUCUACGGACAAUCGCUGACGACACAAUUGAAACAGUUCCGGACCGCAUCCAGCGUCACUCUCGAUUCGCAAUGGAAGAAAGUGUUGGCCCUUUUUGGAAAUGACGAUUUUUACUUGUACGUUGUUGGUAUUUUGUUAUCCAUUCAAAUUCCAUUCUGGAGUUUCGGAAUCUUGUUUAUGUUUGUGGAUUAUUACAACUGGCCCAGAUGGACUCGCAAGUACAAGCUCCAACCUGGAACUCACGAACCGGUUGAUUUGAAUCGACUCAAAGAGACUAUUCAGGUGGUACUGAUCAACCAGUGGUCCGUUUCCUUCCCACUUCUCAUCUCCAGUUAUUUCAUGAAAAAGUUUACCAACACUAUGCCAGUCAUCGACGAUUUGCCCAGUCUCCAGCGUUUUAUCAUCGAUUUCAUCAUCUUUAUUAUCGUAGACGAAAUCGGACUUUAUUAUGUGCACAGGUUAAUGCAUCAUCCUAAAUUAUACUCGUGGGUGCACAAGAAACAUCACGAAUGGCCAGCACCGAUUGCCAUCACCUUUGUGUACAGCACUCGGAUCGAAUUUGCCCUCAAUAUGAUUCCGGUUGUCCUGGGUCCGCUCAUGACGAAUCCUCAUUUAUUCACUCUGUGGGCGUGGUAUGCAUUUGUACACCUGAGGGGCUUGAAGAACCACAGCGGAUAUCACAUCCCAGGGCUGACCAGUUCGGAGGAGCACAACUAUCACCACAUGAUGAACAAUGCCUGUUUCAGUCGAUCUCCUUUCCUGGACGGGAUCCACGGAACGGAUAAGGGCUUCCGGGCUUACCUGGCGCGGAAGGAAUUGGAGAAGCAGCAAAAGAAUGAAUGAAAUCACAACGUUUGUAAGCUUUAGAGCUUGUUAAGUUUUUCUCGAAUGCUACCCCAAUUGAUGGACGGUUCAGUAGUAUUUUAAUCCGAUUGUACAUUUUAUGCGGCCAUUUUUACCAGUCAAUAAAAACCCAAAUCAGUUUGAAAUUUAUUUUAGCCAACACAAGGUGA